AUGGUGAAACUGUGUGCUCCUGCGUGCUUCUCACCUCCACUCAAACUUGAGCCUCUUGGUCCUAUGUUGGUUUUGUAUCCAUCUGGGAGAUUUCUGAUAAAUUCAUUUGCACUUGCAGUUCGUGCUGCAUCCCCUACCAUUUCCAUGUUAAUUUUUGCCAACAGAUCCCUGUACCCAAUAUUUUCAGCAACUGUUCUUGGAAAAAAGUUGGCUAAGAAGAACCCAAAAGUAACGUUCCUAAAAGUGGACGUGGAUGAACUGAAGACUGUUUCUGAAAAGUGGGGUGUGGAUGCAGUGCCUACCUUCCUCUUCCUCAAGGAAGGCAAGGCAGUGGACAAGGUUGUGGGUGCCAAGAAAGACGAGUUACGGACCAAAGUAGAGAAGCAUGCCGCUGCUGCCUCCCGCAUUGAUGAUACCAGCCGCACCGGUGCUAUUGCUAAGGCUACUGCUACUGCUUCUAAUAGUGCUACUGUUACUGCUACUACUACUAGUACUGCUGGUGCUACUCUUACUGCUACUCCUGCUGCUGCCUAA